GCCGUUCCACUCGCACACUUACACUUCAAUUUAACGAACUGCAAUUUGCCCGCCCUUCUGUGACGGCUGCACCGGUCUGCAUUUUCCUCCGCUUACUGUUCAUUUAGUGCGCCGCCAUGGCUCAGGCUCCGAACCCCACCGUUGAUGAGCUUGAGAAGAAGGAGGAGGACGAGUACCGCACCGGUCCCCUCUCUGUUCUGACCCAGAGUGUCAAGACAAACGGCCAGGUCCUCAUCAACUGCCGCAACAACCAUAAGCUACUUGCACGCGUGAAGGCGUUUGACCGCCACUGCAACAUGAUUCUGGAGAACGUCAAGGAGAUGUGGACGGAGAUCCCGAAGACGGGGAAAGGCCAGAAGGCGUCGCGGCCAGUUAACAAGGACCGCUUCGUCAGCAAAAUGUUCUUGCGAGGAGACUCGGUCAUCAUGGUGCUCCGGAACCCCAAGUAAGGGCGCCAUAUCGGACACCCCUCGGCGGGCUCGGUCGACGGGGCCGAGCCAGGAGCCCUCAGGCGAUCAGUGAGCUGGAGGCUCGCGUGUCGAGGGGUGUGUGUGAUACACAAGCGGUUGGGUGUAGGAGGCGGGCACGGGAGUGAUAGGGGUGCAGCUUGGGCAGGCAGGCUCCCGCAGUUCGGAUGCGCCGCGCGGCACCCGUGUGCCAGCCCGAUGCCGGGGCUUUGAGCGGAAGCGGAGAAUGUGACAUGGCAGCUUGCGUUGCGCAGUGCUGAGGCGUUGCGAGGGACGUUGCGUGGGGCGCUGAGGCGUUGCGUGGGACGCUGACGCGCGAGGGCGGCAGGCCGCUGGAUGCCUGUGCCCCGGCCCGUGUGUUGCGAGUAUGUUGGCUGCGGUUCAAGUCUGUCAAGCAUGAUGCACACUUGCAGCCACAUUCAGCCAGCAAGCUCAUGGUUCUAUGGAUGGUUGGGGCAUCCGGGGGGGCACGGAACAGGCCGCUGGUGUGGACUGCACUACAUGAGGGGCGGCAGCAGAGCGCCGCGCGGCGUGGCGUGGUGUGGGCGGCGCACGAACGCCCGAUCACCGUUGCCUGGUAGUGCACAAGUAGUUGGUGUUUGUUGUGCGGAGCACAGCGGUGUGUAGCGCUGGGCUGAGGCGUCAGCGCCCGAGCGAAGAGGUUGCUGUCUCUGACGAUGUGCGACGUGACGAAGUGGUUAUGGUGGUGUGUGUAUGGCGCGCGUGCUUGGUGCUUGGCGGUGGAGCGGUGACGGUACGCACGCACGGGAAACAUGCGAAUAGAUGGCUUUAAGUGAGUGCGCGCUGAGACUGCACGUCCCAUAAGGGUGUCCUGAUGGCAUCUCGUGCCGUGCUCCUGGGCGGAAGGCAACCUGGGGGAAAUAAUCCGUCGA